AGCCCCUGAGGCCAGGUCUGGCUCUCAGCUCUCCUGUUCUUGUCUUUCCUUGCUGCUUUCAGGCUCCCUUUUUGUAUCUCUAGACACAGUUGAGAAACCAAGGCCCAGCCAUGGGGGAUGCGGAGAUGGCCGCCUUUGGGGCUGCUGCCCCCUACCUGCGCAAGUCGGAGAAGGAGCGGCUGGAAGCCCAGACCAGGCCUUUCGACCUCAAGAAGGAUGUCUUUGUGCCCGAUGACAAAGAAGAGUUUGUCAAGGCCAAGAUUGUGUCUCGAGAGGGUGGCAAAGUCACUGCUGAGACUGAGCAUGGCAAGACGGUGACGGUGAAGGAGGACCAGGUGAUGCAGCAGAACCCGCCCAAGUUUGACAAGAUCGAGGACAUGGCCAUGCUGACCUUCCUGCACGAGCCCGCGGUGCUGUACAACCUCAAGGAGCGCUACGCGUCCUGGAUGAUCUAUACCUACUCAGGCCUCUUCUGCGUCACUGUCAACCCCUACAAGUGGCUGCCAGUGUACAACGCUGAGGUGGUGGCCGCCUACAGGGGCAAGAAGAGGAGUGAGGCCCCGCCCCACAUCUUCUCCAUCUCCGACAACGCCUAUCAGUACAUGCUGACGGAUCGGGAGAACCAGUCCAUCCUCAUCACCGGAGAAUCUGGUGCUGGGAAGACAGUCAACACCAAGCGGGUCAUCCAGUACUUUGCUGUUAUUGCUGCCAUUGGGGACCGUAGCAAGAAGGAGCAGACUCCAGGCAAGGGCACCCUGGAGGACCAGAUCAUCCAGGCCAACCCCGCCCUGGAGGCCUUUGGCAAUGCCAAGACCGUCCGGAAUGACAACUCCUCCCGCUUUGGUAAAUUUAUUCGAAUCCAUUUUGGGGCUACUGGAAAGUUGGCAUCUGCAGACAUAGAGACUUACCUUCUGGAAAAAUCCAGAGUUAUUUUCCAGCUGAAAGCAGAGAGAGAUUAUCACAUUUUCUACCAAAUCUUGUCUAACAAAAAGCCUGAGCUGCUGGAUAUGCUGCUGAUCACCAACAACCCCUAUGAUUAUGCAUUCAUCUCCCAAGGAGAGACCACUGUGGCCUCAAUUGAUGACUCUGAAGAGCUCAUGGCCACUGAUAAUGCCUUUGAUGUGCUGGGCUUCACUCCAGAGGAGAAGAACUCCAUGUACAAGCUGACCGGCGCCAUCAUGCACUUUGGAAACAUGAAGUUCAAACAGAAGCAACGGGAGGAACAGGCAGAGCCAGAUGGCACUGAAGAGGCAGACAAAUCAGCCUACCUCAUGGGGUUGAACUCUGCUGACCUGCUCAAGGGGCUGUGCCACCCUCGGGUCAAAGUGGGCAACGAGUAUGUCACCAAGGGGCAGAAUGUCCAGCAGGUUGCAUAUGCCACUGGAGCACUGGCCAAGGCCGUGUAUGAGAAGAUGUUCAACUGGAUGGUGGGGCGCAUCAAUGCCACCCUGGAGACCAAGCAGCCACGUCAAUACUUCAUAGGGGUCCUCGACAUCGCUGGUUUCGAGAUCUUUGAUUUCAACAGCUUCGAGCAGCUCUGCAUCAACUUCACCAAUGAGAAGCUGCAGCAGUUCUUCAACCACCACAUGUUCGUGCUGGAGCAGGAGGAGUACAAGAAGGAGGGCAUUGAGUGGGAGUUCAUCGACUUUGGCAUGGACCUGCAGGCCUGCAUUGACCUCAUCGAGAAGCCCAUGGGCAUCAUGUCCAUCCUGGAGGAGGAGUGCAUGUUCCCCAAGGCCACCGACAUGACCUUCAAGGCCAAGUUGUUUGACAACCACCUGGGCAAGUCCGCCAACUUCCAGAAGCCACGCAACAUCAAGGGGAGGCCAGAGGCUCACUUCUCCCUGAUCCACUACGCUGGCACCGUGGACUACAACAUCCUGGGCUGGCUGCAGAAGAACAAGGACCCACUCAAUGAGACAGUGGUGGCCCUGUACCAGAAGUCCUCCCUCAAGCUUCUCAGCACUCUAUUUGCUAACUACGCUGGGGCUGAUGCACCUGUCGAGAAGGGCAAAGGCAAGGCCAAGAAAGGCUCAUCCUUUCAGACUGUGUCAGCUCUGCACAGGGAAAACCUGAACAAGUUAAUGACCAACUUGCGCUCCACCCACCCCCACUUCGUGCGUUGCAUCAUCCCCAAUGAGACCAAGUCCCCAGGGGUGAUAGACAAUCCCCUGGUCAUGCACCAGCUACGCUGCAACGGUGUGCUGGAGGGCAUCCGCAUCUGCAGGAAGGGCUUCCCCAACCGCAUCCUCUAUGGGGACUUCCGGCAGAGGUAUCGUAUCCUGAACCCAGCGGCCAUUCCCGAGGGGCAGUUCAUUGACAGCAGGAAAGGGGCAGAGAAGCUGCUAGGCUCCCUGGAUAUUGACCACAACCAAUACAAGUUCGGCCACACCAAGGUGUUCUUCAAGGCGGGGCUGCUGGGGCUGUUGGAGGAGAUGCGAGAUGAGCGUCUGAGCCGCAUCAUCACACGCAUCCAGGCGCAGUCCCGGGGCGUGCUCUCCAGAAUGGAGUACAAGAAGCUUCUGGAACGCAGAGAUUCCCUGCUGAUAAUCCAGUGGAACAUUCGGGCCUUCAUGAGUGUCAAGAAUUGGCCAUGGAUGAAGCUUUUCUUUAAAAUCAAGCCACUGCUAAAGAGCGCAGAGACAGAAAAGGAGAUGGCCACCAUGAAGGAGGAGUUCGCGCGCCUCAAAGAGGCGCUGGAGAAAUCUGAGGCUCGCCGCAAGGAGCUGGAGGAGAAGAUGGUGUCACUGCUGCAGGAGAAGAAUGACCUGCAGCUCCAAGUGCAGGCGGAACAAGACAACCUGGCUGAUGCAGAGGAGCGCUGCGACCAGCUGAUCAAGAACAAGAUCCAGCUGGAGGCCAAGGUGAAGGAGAUGAAUGAGAGGCUGGAGGAUGAAGAGGAGAUGAACGCUGAGCUCACUGCCAAGAAGAGAAAGCUGGAGGACGAGUGCUCGGAGCUCAAAAGGGACAUUGAUGACCUGGAGCUGACACUGGCCAAGGUGGAGAAAGAGAAGCAUGCAACAGAGAACAAGAAGCUGGAGAAGGAGAAGAGCGAGUUCAAGCUGGAGCUGGACGAUGUCACCUCCAACAUGGAGCAGAUCAUCAAGGCCAAGGCCAACCUAGAGAAAAUGUGCAGGACCCUGGAAGACCAGAUGAAUGAGCACCGCAGCAAGGCUGAGGAGACCCAGCGUUCUGUCAAUGACCUCACCAGCCAACGGGCCAAACUGCAAACCGAGAAUGGUGAGCUGUCUCGGCAGCUGGAUGAGAAGGAAGCACUGAUUUCGCAGCUGACGCGAGGCAAGCUCACCUACACCCAGCAGCUGGAGGACCUCAAGAGGCAGCUGGAAGAGGAGGUUAAGGCCAAGAACGCCCUGGCGCAUGCGCUGCAGUCGGCACGGCAUGACUGUGACCUGCUGCGGGAGCAGUAUGAGGAGGAGACGGAGGCCAAGGCCGAGCUGCAGCGUGUGCUGUCCAAGGCCAACUCAGAGGUGGCCCAGUGGAGGACCAAGUAUGAGACGGAUGCCAUCCAGCGCACCGAGGAGCUGGAGGAGGCCAAGAAGAAGCUGGCCCAGAGGCUCCAGGAUGCUGAGGAGGCUGUGGAGGCCGUCAACGCCAAAUGCUCAUCCCUGGAGAAGACCAAGCACCGGCUACAGAACGAGAUCGAGGACCUCAUGGUGGACGUGGAGCGCUCCAACGCUGCAGCCGCAGCCCUGGACAAGAAGCAGAGGAACUUCGACAAGAUCCUGGCUGAGUGGAAGCAGAAGUACGAGGAAUCGCAGUCAGAGCUGGAGUCGUCCCAGAAGGAGGCACGCUCCCUGAGCACCGAGCUGUUCAAGCUCAAGAAUGCAUAUGAGGAGUCGCUGGAGCACCUGGAGACCUUCAAGCGGGAGAACAAGAACCUGCAAGAGGAGAUCUCAGACCUGACUGAGCAGCUGGGCUCCAGUGGAAAGAGCAUCCACGAGCUGGAGAAGAUCCGCAAGCAGCUGGAGGCGGAGAAGCUGGAGCUGCAGUCGGCCCUGGAGGAGGCCGAGGCCUCCCUGGAGCACGAGGAGGGCAAGAUCCUCCGUGCCCAGCUGGAGUUCAACCAGAUUAAGGCAGAGAUCGAGCGGAAGCUCGCAGAGAAGGAUGAGGAGAUGGAGCAGGCCAAGCGCAACCACCUGCGGGUGGUGGACUCGCUGCAGACCUCGCUGGACGCAGAGACACGCAGCCGCAAUGAGGCGCUGCGGGUGAAGAAGAAGAUGGAGGGUGACCUCAAUGAGAUGGAGAUCCAGCUCAGCCAUGCCAACCGCUUGGCUGCGGAGGCCCAGAAGCAAGUCAAGAGCCUCCAAAGCUUGCUGAAGGACACCCAGAUCCAGCUGGAUGACGCAGUCCGGGCCAACGAUGACCUGAAGGAGAACAUUGCCAUCGUGGAGCGGCGCAAUAACUUGCUGCAGGCUGAGCUGGAGGAGCUGCGUGCCGUGGUGGAGCAGACAGAGAGGUCUCGGAAGCUGGCUGAGCAGGAACUGAUCGAGACCAGCGAGCGGGUGCAGCUGCUGCACUCCCAGAACACCAGCCUCAUCAACCAGAAGAAGAAGAUGGAUGCAGACCUGUCCCAGCUCCAGACGGAAGUAGAGGAGGCGGUGCAGGAGUGCAGGAAUGCUGAGGAGAAGGCCAAGAAGGCCAUCACGGAUGCUGCCAUGAUGGCAGAGGAGCUGAAGAAGGAGCAGGACACGAGCGCCCACCUGGAGCGCAUGAAGAAGAACAUGGAGCAGACCAUUAAGGACCUGCAGCACCGGCUGGACGAGGCCGAGCAGAUCGCCCUCAAGGGCGGCAAGAAGCAGCUGCAGAAGCUGGAGGCCCGGGUGCGGGAGCUGGAGAACGAGCUGGAGGCUGAGCAGAAGCGCAACGCGGAGUCGGUCAAGGGCAUGAGGAAGAGUGAGCGUCGCAUCAAGGAGCUCACUUACCAGACCGAAGAGGACAGGAAGAACCUGCUGCGGCUGCAGGACCUGGUGGACAAGCUGCAGCUGAAGGUCAAGGCCUACAAGCGCCAGGCUGAGGAGGCGGAGGAGCAGGCCAACACCAACCUGUCCAAGUUCCGAAAGGUGCAGCACGAGCUGGAUGAGGCGGAGGAGCGGGCAGACAUUGCCGAGUCCCAAGUCAACAAGCUGCGGGCCAAAAGCCGUGACAUUGGCACCAAGGGCUUGAAUGAGGAGUAGCCUUGCCACACAUUGAUCUGCCCAGUCCUGAGGGUGCCAAUGAAGCCCCUAGACCCGGUGCCUGCAUAACAGCCCCUUGGGAGGAAGCAGAAUAAAGCAAUUUUCCUUGAAGCUGA